UGCUACUACGUUUCGCUCUGCUGAAAAUGCAGUCAUGGCUACUGGCUUUUGUGGAAAUUGCUCCCGACUGCUCAAAGAAUUUACUGCUCAUUUCAGAAAUGUUUACAGAGAGAUUGAGCAACAAAUAAGGGAAGUUUUCAGAGAACUUUCUCAGUGCACCUGCUUUAGAACAACACCUGAGAGAAUUUUCCUGAGGAGGAUGACUCAAGAGUUUCCCUCUUUACACCUUCUGUAUGAGGAUGAAACUCAACUACUUGAUCAGGAAAGUCUACGAGGACUGAACAGCCUUGCAUCCUCAGAAAACACUGAUCUACAAAUGACUGCAGCCAUGUAUUAUUUACAUCUCAGUCAUCAUUUGAAAUCUCCCUUACCAGAUGCCUUCAUGGAGCCAGUCAUGGCUUUACUUUUAUCAACUGACCUCAAUGUGCAAAAGACUAUCUCUCUCUCCUUGGUCAAUCUGCUCGUAAAGAAUAAUGUGUGCAAAGAGUUAGUGAUUGAAAUGGGCAUGCUGGUGCCUAUACUGGAGCUGUUCCAGUCUGGUGAUGCCACCGGUCAGUGUCACUCAUGUGCCUGUGUCACCAUGCUGGCCUCCUCAGAAUCAAACAGGGAAGCUAUCACUACGGAUGGAAUCAUACCUCUGUUGGCUUUAGCAAAAUCCUACGACCCACAGGUGCAACAGAGCGCAACAUGGGCUCUCCUCCAUCUCACACAGUCAGAAUCGUCAAUAAGGAUCUUAUGUCAAGCAGGAGCCAUUCCUGUCCUGGUACUGCUGCUGCAGUCCUCAGAUUCAGAGGUUCAGUUUUACAGCUGUACCGCUCUCUGCAACAUCGCUGCUGUUCAGGAGCACCACCCAAAGUUGCUCAGCAUUGGGGGUCAUUUUUUGUUAAAGUCUCUUUUGACUCUCAUGUCUUCCCCUGUGCAAAAGAAUUCAAACCAAGCGUGCAGAUGCCUAGAAACUUUAUCAAAGAAUGUUCUGAUCCAGGAGCAGCUGAUGGAUCUUGACUGUGUGUUGCCUUUGAAGGCGUUGCUGAAAACCUCCUCUCCAGAGUCAGCCAUAACACUACUGUCUGCACUGUCUGCACGCCCCCCAAACAAUGACAUCCUGGUUAGUGAAGGACUUUUGGAUGAAAUUGGUCAGCUGCUUCAUCAUCACAGGUGCAGCUCUGUUAUAAUCACACACAGCGGCAAGAUAAUCACUGACCUGUGUAGCUCCUGCGAAGGUCAGCAGGCUGUGAUGGAAAGUCUGUGUUUAUCAGGACUCCUCUCCGCCCUUCAGUCUUCCACCCUGUCAGAUGAGACGUUGCUGCACGUGACAACACACUUACAUCACCUGAUGACCUGGGAUCCACUUAAGUCUACCUUGUCGGUGACGAUAACAUCAGAUCAAGUUUCAAGACUAGUGAAGUUGUUAGGACAAACAGAAUAUCCUCAGUUGUCAUACAACAGUGCUGCAAUCAUCAGCAAACUCGAAAUGACUGGGAAGAUGGCCCAGCUGCUGAGACCGCACUACAUUACCAUGUUGGAGUACCUGUUGGUAUUUCUCAAAAGUAAAGAUGUUAACUUCCAGCAACUUGGCAUAGUUACAAUAUUAAACCUUAAGAAAGAUGAAGACUUUUCAUCUCUGUUGGCUAACAGUAAGUUGGAGCUUCAGCUCUGGAUGGUGCAUGUGCAGACGGAGGAAACUAGACGGCUGUUGCAAAAGAUUGAGCCGCUUUCUCCAUCUUCUGUCAACCUUUGACGUAGUCAGUGCAAAUACUGAGAGAUGUGGUGUUUACAUUAAUGCACUGUUUGGACAAGCAGCGUUUUAUUAGUUUUAGGUUUUUUUAUGUGUUUAUUUUAGGUUUUUUAUGUUUACAGUCAACAAAUUAAGUAAAAAACAAGGCAGAGAUGCGGCAUAGCAUCAACUUUAAUUAAAUAUGGCAUAUGUUUCUUUUUAACAGGUUAACAAGUGAUAGUUAUACGCAAUACUAUUGAUCAUCUGAUACAUUUGUUUUUAUAUGCUUUUAUUAUAAUAAACUCACUUAACCUCUACACCUCAAA